AUGAUGAAGUCUAUCCUCCUUUCCGUCCUCUUGCUGUCCGUCUUCGUCGCCCAGGCAGCAGGUCAAACGAAGAGCAAAAUCAAAUACUAUUGUUCGUAAGCUUCUUGCCAGCGUAGCUACCCUUGUCUUUUCUAACUUUCAAAAUCUUGUUUUCGGCUCUGCCCUGCCCAUGACAGCGGUUCUCCGCAGGCCCGCAGGAUGGACCGACGGCCAAGUGAGCAAUGCUUGGGUACCCGAGUGCAAGGCGAUUGGAGGCUCGACCAGCGGUCUCCAGUAUGGCAGAGUAGCUUGUUUUAUUGGGUAAGUGCCCGUGCUUUCAGCCCUGCAAGUCGACUCGUAGAUGAAGGACCUGACGUGAUUGUACUCGCUUUCCACGCAGACCGGGCGGCGCAGACCUAGGAGGUCGUGUAAUUUCUGCCCUACAGAAGAAGAACCCCGGCGAGUGGCAGUUCGGCAACGCUUAG